AAAUCCUCGCAUGCUCAUUCUUCUUGUUUCUCUCAGACUCUCGUUCACGUCCGCCGGAUUCUUCAGCUUUUCGAGUCGGCAACCUGUGGCGUGUGGUGGUGCCGACACCUAGCCAGACGUGUGCAACGACUGAUAGGCCUAUUUGCUUUGAAUGGGAGGCGGAGUUACAUAAGGUCGCAGACCCGCACGAUUUAAAAAGCUGGGAGGGGAUUUGUAUCGAAAUUGAUUAUCUAUGUAAAUAAGAAGAGAAUGAGAGGCAGCAGAGAAAGAGGAGGAGUGCUUACGUCACUUGGCUACACGCAAGAGAGUGGGGUAGAAAAAGAAAAGAAGUGGAGUAUACGUAUAUAGGAGCAGAGAGAGAGAGGGAGGGCAAGGGAAGGGGGCCGGUCCCGGACGAUUCGUUCGUUGGGGACGGCGGCCCCAGUUGAUCGACGCCACCGCCCUUCAGCGCCACCGUCGCCGGCUUUUAUUUAAACGCCGUCCGGGCCGUCGGAGCAAGUCAAAAAUCAUCCGCAUCGAGAGUCGGACACAUAUUCGACGACCGACGUCGCCGUUGACCGCACUGUUCUUUUCUUCCCCAACCCCAUCUCGCAGAGUCAUACGCACAUGCCACCUUGCCUGUUGGCUGCUGUUGCUGCUCCUCGAUCGCCAUCAUCACCACUUUGAGAUCUCACUAGCUCUCCAAUCCUCCGUUAUUCCUACGGAAAAAGACUUUUUAAAACAAUUACCAAAGAUCACUAAAUACAAAAGCGAGAUGCAGGCAAAAAUUCUAACAAUUUGGUGGGUCAUCUUCUUGAUUGGCGGCAGCUACAUGGCGUCGGGAACGGUGGCGGCUCACCGGGCCCGCCACGGCGGCUGCAAUUUCCGCGUCGUCCGCGACAUCAUGCGCAGGGCGUGCGCCUACCACUCAUCGGAGAACUCGCAACUGCUCGGGCUGGAAGUGCUCAGCCCGACCGUCAAGCGGCUGUCGACCAACAUGCUGGACGAAGUGGUCGACCUCCACCACCACGACCACCAGUCGGGCAGCCGAGUCAAGAAGGAGAUCGAGUUGCUCUACAUCCGGCGCAUCCUCAAGGAGUGCUGUCCCAACGAAGGCUGCCCGCCUCUAUCCAAAUUCUGCCGCUAGAAAAAGAAGAAGAAAACCAGCCGACAUCCAUCACAGGUCGAAGAAUGAAGCUAGGAAGAUUUCGUCCACUGUAUAUCUAGCAGCAUCAUUGUUGACUUUCCAUUACUACACGCAAACAAAAACACACACGAAGAAGGAAACAAAACACACAGACACACUUGCAUACCACACACAUAACUCCUUUGUCACCUGGGCCUGGAAGAAAGAAAAAAUUUUAAACGCCACGCGAAGAUAACACAAAACAAAAUUCCCCCCCGGAAGAAAACGGGAAAAGUUGUACAGCCAAACAAAAAGAAAAGAAAACUACUACUACUACUACUACUACUAGGAAAAGUGUCAAGAAGUCGACUCAAGACAAGAGAGAAGAAAGUUCACAAAGGAGAAAAAAAAAGAAGAAACAUGAAACAAAAGAAAAAAUCCUUUGCCAAAGCAAGCUCCCUCCUGGUUAGUGUAUGUGUUGCGCCCAAUCUUGUUCAAAUCUCUCUAUUUAUUCCUGUCUGAAAGAAAAAACAAAAAAAAACUUAAAAAAAAAAAACUCUCUCCCACCCAACACACAACUAAACUAUAUAAUGUAUGUAUUUUGACCAAAAGUUUAUGUCCUCAACUCGAAACGGUUUUUAUUCGUUACGACCGGUCCGCGGACGAUGGAAUUUUGUCAUAAUGUAAACUUUCAAAUUUGAUGUCGUAAUAAAAAAACUUGUGACGAACAAACAAACAAA